GUUCUCUGAACUUUUUGUUUCAGCACACCCAGAAAAACUUGCAGGACAAUGUCCGGACUUCAGCCCUCGCCCCAAAGCCGCUUGUGAGCGCGAUUUCUCCGCUUUUAAACCUUCCCGCUCCGGCUGCACCUCGCUGUCCAUCAAGCUUUCCAAUCUCUCGCUGGGUAAACUGCUGGAAGUGUCGGAGCUCCUCACCCUUUGACCCCGGCAGCGCCUCUAAUCUGCGCGGAGGAAUGAGAGGCAUUCUUCAGCUGCUGCAGCAGGAGGUGGAGGAGCUGCCGGUGGGAGGGGAACUAACGACGUAGUAGGGACCCAGUCAGUCAGUGAAGUUUCCAGCGACUCGGCCAUCACGGUCCGGAGCUAUCCUCCCUGAGAUGAGCGCGCUCGGCGGAGGGGAUUUACGCGGGGAAACGAGGCGGUGAGCGCGGGGGUUUAGUGGAGCGCGGUCCGGCUCCGGAUCAUCCGAACAUGGGUCAGACGGCCGUGUCGGCUGUGUCCCAGCCCGCGAGCGUUGAUGGGUUGGAGAAAUCAUCAUCGUUGGCCAGCUGCGACGUGGUGGUGGACAGCGCCGCCAAUACCCAGAAUGCCCCUGCAACGCGGCAGCAGCGAGGCAAGCUGUCGUCACUGGGGAAGCUGUUCAAGCCCUGGAAGUGGAGGAAGAAGAAGACCAGUGACAAGUUCCAGGAUCUUUCCAAAGUUCUAGAGAGAAAAAUCUCCACCAGACAAACGAGGGAGGAGCUGAUCAAGAAAGGAGUUCUCAUCGCCGAACAAGAAGAAGCAAACAACAGUCAAAAUCUCAACGGCCACGCCACGUCCAGCGUGACGUCGGAGGAGGUCAAAGUUGACAUCGAGUCACCAGAGGUGCUGCAGGAGGGAAAGGCCUCUGGGCCCGGCUGCACCGCGGAGAAAACAGCUAAAUCCUCCCAUCCAAAGAAGACAGGAGGCACUGCAAAAGCCACCGCCGCCUCCACCUCCACCUCCACCUCCACCCCUCGCUCUCGUGCAUCUAAGGACGCGGGAGCUGCAGCACAGGUCGAGGGAAAAGAUGCAAAGACCAAGCAGAAAUCAUGCAUUCCCGUACCUCAAAAGCCCACCGCAGAGACUCCUACUCCACCUGGGGGGUCAAAGUCCUCGCCCCCUUCCUCACACACGAAGCACGUCUCAUCCAAAGCCUCAGGCAGUGAGACGGAGGGAGCUGCUCCCCAGUCUGCUCCCAGUGCAUCGGCUGGGGGCGAGGAGAAUCACAAGGCUCCUGAAUCUGCCGUCCAGCCUCCUCAUGUCAACACUGAUACAGAGGACACAUCCUUCACAGAGGUAGAGACGGAGACCUUCCCCCAGGGGGAGAAAAGGGAGAGAACAGGAGGAGAGGAAGAAAAGAAGAAAGGAGAAACCGAUUCUGCUGUGGAGAACAGUCCCAGGUCAGCUGAGGGCCGAGCUGAGAAGCCCCAGGGCCUGAGUGUGAAAACAGACCAGGCCGAGGUGACGGUGAUCCCUGAUAGGCCGAGAGACAGCCAAGCUAGUGACUCCGACUCCGACGGUCCAAUCCUGUACCGGGAUGAGGAGGAAGACGACGAGGAGGAUGACGAGUACACAAAUAGUUCUCUGGCCAGUAAGAUCCGCCGGCGGGACACGCUGAACAUCAAGCUCAGGAACCGGCCCAGCAUGAGGGAGCUGGAGGACAAGAACAUUCUGCCCCGGAGCUCUGAGACGGAGAGACUCGAGCUCCGCCAGAAGAUAGGCAGCAAACUAGUCAGACGCCUGAGCCAAAGACCCACCACAGAGGAGCUGGAGCAGAGAAACAUCCUCAAGCAAAAGAAUGAUCUGGAGGCGCAAGAAGCCAGGCAAGAGAUUAAAAGGAGGCUCUCCAGAAAGUUGAGUGUGAGACCCACAGUGGCCGAGCUCGUCGCCCGUAGGAUCCUUUGCUUCAAUGAGUACGUGGAGGUAACAGACGCCAAGGAUUACGACCGGCGGGCGGACAAACCCUGGACACGGCUUACUCCUGCUGACAAGGCUGCCAUUCGGAAGGAGCUGAAUGAGUUUAAGAGCCGGGAGAUGGAGGUUCAUGAAGACAGCAAACAGUUCACCAGGUACUCGGUCGAUGGCCUCCACCAUUUAGCUGCGACUCUGACGAUAACUCGCACUUCAUUAGUAAUUUAUCACUGUAAAUCCUGCUGGUUAUUAGCGCACAUUGAUCAAUAUUUAUAUUAUUCCGGUCCCCCCGAAGCCAUUUCCCCCAACCACAUUAAAGUCAUGAUAUACACACAGGGCGACUGCAGUUUAUUAGCAUCAGGCAUUGAUCUGCAAUAAAGUUCAGGUUCAUUCUCUCAUGUGUUAUUAGAUCUGCUUGACAUGGUUUUGUAUUGACGUGUUGAACGGAGCAGAGAGGAAAUGUCCAGCAGUAAAAACCGAUACACCUUUCAGAAGAACUACUUUUAUAAAGCUGCACAGUACAAGUUGAGAAGUUUGGAUUCGCCAUUAAUAGAUAAUUCUCAAUAUCUAUCCACAGGUUGUUGUCAAUUUAAAAAGAAAUAAUUAUUCCUCCUUUUCUUUUUGGUUUUGUCCAAAUCUCCUUGUGUGUGUUGUUCUCCCCCUUGAUUUUCUCAUGCAUCUGUCUCAUAAAUCUAUUAAAAAAAAAGAGCAAAUAGAAUCCAAGCACUGUUUAACAUUCCGUAAUGAUUAACUCACAUUUAUCGUCCUUAUCUGUCGCUGUAACGUUUCAAUCAGUCGUAAAUCUUUGCUAAGAACACACACGACUACGCCAGGAUUCAAUCUCUAAAGCCAGUUACAGUGUCCAGAGAUGGGACUCUGUGGAUCUGAACCAGCAGAGAGUUCCUGGCCUUUGCCCAGUUUCCCACAUUUUUAUGUGUUCAAGUGCUUUGUCUGAAUCUUUUAGUGUUUAAUUAGAACAGCUUUAUUUUCAUGGGGCACUUUGUGACUUCCCCUUUGAAAGGUGGGACAUUAAAUCAACUGUAUAUAUCACCUUACUUACACUGGAGGCCCUGUCAUCAUGCGUUCUCAGGCUAGUCAGGGGCAUGGAGAGUAGGGAGAGGAGGGGCGGGGGGGUUGGAGGUCAGGCUAAUAGAGGAAGAGAAGGAGUUUCUUUAGGAUGCAGAACUUGACUGGAAACAUGUGAAGACUGUCAAAAUGUCUGCUACGAAAAGUUUUUACACCCACUGUGAAUUUAUUUCUCUAGAGGAGAGGUGCUUCACAAUAUAAAAUAUAAGUGCAACAUGGUGAAUCACAGAAAAGAGAAAAAUCGUACACUUGCUUUGGUCACAUUUUGAUUUAACCUUUUUUAUUUUCUAUUUUUAAUCAUUUUGUCAAUAAAAUAUCAGAAAAUGUGUGAAUGAUCAUUAGAAAUGCAGCUGGGUGAUAGAAGAUAUUGUUUUCUUUUUAAGUUAAUGUUCCAAAAUCCAAAUAAGUAUUCAUGUUACUCUCAUGACAAAGAUAAGCAGAAGUUCACAGGAGCUUGUUGAGCUGGAAAGAAGUGUUGAUAUUUUUUCUAGAUGUUUUUAAAAAGAUUUCCUUACUUAAAUGCUGGAAAAAUUAUGUGGGUUAUUUUAAUUCAUG